AUGUCCAUGGCUUCGGACCAUGAGUCCUACGGCAACGACCGCGGUUCAAGCGCCCUGAACGAGCCCCAGCUCGAGGAUAACAGAGGCGUUUACUCGACCGAAGAUGCCAACCUGAAGCGCAGCCUGCAGGGGAGACACAUCCAGUUUAUUGCGCUGGGAGGAAGUAUCGGAACGGGUCUGUUUAUCGGAUCUGGCUCCCCGCUCGCCGACGGUGGGCCGGGGUCACUGAUCGUCGGGUUCCUGACCAUCUCGAUCCUUGUUAUCACUGUCGUGUUCGCGCUGGGCGAGCUGGCAUCCGUGCUGCCAGUGACGGGUGCUUUCUCUACCUACUCUACACGGUUCAUUGACCCUUCCUGGGGUUUCGCCAUGGGCUGGGUGUACUGGAUUGGCUGGAUUACUCCGCUGCCGCUCGAAAGUAUCGCGGCUGCCAUGGUCAUUCAGUACUGGGACCCCCAUGUGAAGAUACCAAGUGGCGUGUGGGUGGCCAUAUCGCUCGUCAUCAUUGCUUUUAUUAACCUGUUUGGUGUGCGAGGUUAUGGUGAAUUCGAGUUCGCUGCCUCCUUCAUCAAAGUUCUUGGAUGCAUCGGUUUUAUCAUUUGCGCCAUUGUCAUCAACUGCGGUGGCUCGCCUUCGGGCCAAUAUAUGGGUGCGCAUACGUGGCAUUUGGCUGGCGGCGCUUUCCAGAACGGUUUCAAGGGUUUCUGCUCCGUUUUCACCACGGCUGCGUUCGCUUUUGCUGGUACCGAGCUGGUGGGUCUCGCGGCUGCCGAGACCGCCGAUGCUCGGAGGCAGCUGCCCCGCGCCUGCAAGCAGGUUGUUUUCCGUGUUUUGCUCUUUUACAUUCUGUCUCUGUUCAUGGUCUCGCUUAUCGUCCCGUACGAUGACCCGCGUUUGCAAGGUGGAGAUUACGAUACCCGCACAUCACCUUUUGUGAUUGCAAUCAAAAUUGGCGCGAUCAAGGUACUCCCCGACAUCUUCAAUGCCAUUAUUCUCAUCUCAACCUUGUCUGUGGGUAAUGCGAGUGUGUAUGCGUCGAGCCGCACGCUCCUAGCCCUUGCCAUGCACGACCAGGCACCCAAAAUCUUUACCUAUGUGGACCGCAACGGCAGGCCGCUUCCUGCCGUGCUUCUUGCACUCCUCCUGGGCCCGCUGGGAUUUUUGAUCUACUCCUCGACCGAGGUGGAAAUCUUUAACUGGUUCGUGAGUCUGGCUGGUUUCAACUCCAUCUUUGCCUGGAUAUCCAUCUGCUGGGCGCACAUCCGCUUCCGUGCUGCGUGGAAGCGCGAAGGAAAUACACUCCGACAAUUGCCAUGGGCGUCACCUCUUGGCAUCAUCGGCUCCUAUGUCGGGUUUGUUUUUAACCUUCUCGUCAUCAUUGGCACUUUCUAUGUGUCGGCAUUCCCCAUCGGUGAAGGCGAAAUGACACCUAAGAGACGUGCUCACGACUUCUUCUUGGGCAUGAUUUCGCUGAUCUUUGUCAUUGUACUUUACCUGGGUCACAAAUUCUGGACGCGCAGCCGCUUUGUGCGUUUGGAAGACUUUGAUAUCCACUCUGGGCGCCGCGACCCUGUUUCCGAAGAGGUCCUGGAACAGGAGCGGGCCGAAGCACGGCAGCAAUCUUGGUGGUCCAAGGUGAUGACGUUCAUUUUCUAA